UUCUGUGCUCUAUAAGUACUCUACGUCAGUGAUCAGCGGCCCACCAUUCACCCUUUGAAUUCGCCAUUUGAUCUGCACACAUUCAUGUCGGAACAAGGAGAUGUCUCUGCCCUCCGCUGGAAUAAUAGUAUAUCUGGUUCUAGCAAUCAUUACCCUGGUAUCCUAUGACUACAUGCUGCAGUUUGAGAAAGAGGUCAAGUUUGUUUGGAAAAGACAGAGGUCACUAAUGACAUAUCUUUACCUCGCUGUUCGAUAUUUUGGUCUUUUCCUUGCAAUGCUUAGCGCCUUGUGGGGAGGACUGGUGUAUAUGCCUGAAUCAGUGAGCUACCCUCUUAUUGUUUUAACGGAAUGGAGUUAUUCUGCAUAUUCUUGCUUGGCUGAAGUCAUUCUCAUCUGGCGUCUUUACGCCCUGUCCGAACAGUCCAGGCUCCUACUUUAUGGCCUACUGGGGUUGUUCCUACCUAUAGUCGCGCUCUAUAUAGGGAUGGAUAUAUAUUUAUAUAGUCGACCCUCAGCGUUCUCGGUGGAAGAAACCAUAAUUCCGAACUUCGAGUACUGCGCGACUUCCUUUCACAUGGGACCUAUGAUUGCGAUCUCUGCUUCCAUCCCCGUCAUAUGUUUCGAUAUUUUCCUGGUGGUUCUCGCAGCUGCCAUCCUCGUGAAACACAUAAAAGAUCGGAGGGAAAUGAGAAUGAGACCCAACGCCUACGUUCUAAUGAUCGUGCGAUAUCAUAUCAUGUAUUUUGUCCUAAAUUUGGCAACUCAAAUCUUCAUAGCGCUAUUAUGGGACAACCUUUCGACCCCAGUGUUCAGCCUCCUAGUGAUGUUCAACGACACAGCACCAGUUAUUAUCGCACCCCGUCUGAUCAUCAGCAUUUGGAAUACGCAUGCCAACGACAAUUGCGUAUAUGUCGGUAGAACGUUCGAAGAUUGUGUAUGUUGGACCUCGCCACCGAGAUCAUUCGAGCAGUACGAGAUGGGCUCCGGCGCAGAAUGGUCCCAAAACCAUGGUGAAGGAACAAUUGAGGCGAGGUGUGGUUAAACCCCCUCAGACGGAGGUCCUGUGUAACGCUCGUCAAAAGCCGAGCGCACGGACUUAGUACCUAGCUACCAAUAUCCGUACGCAUCAUCAGCAUCACUCACUCAUUCUUAGUUAUUCUUUGUGUUUCUUUUAUCCCUACUUUACCCGAGUCUCUCCUUACCUAUAUAAGCUAGUUUACAUAGUGUUGGAGGGACAGUUGAUCCUUUCCCUCUCCGAGUAACAACGGUUUAGUUCUGACAGUUCUAUCUGUGCUACGCCUAAGUUUACUCUACAAAGUCAACUUCUUGAGUGUGAAUGUUUAUCUAAAUGCCACAUAUUUUUGAACUAGAAUACUAAACUACCCAUCUUCACCUUACUAUGGCCGUCACUGAAGAGGAUUGAUCACCCUCUGACCUGUCAACCCUUCUCAAAACUACACAUCUCCCAACCCCCCUUUUUCGAUAUCAAUACUAGAAAAAUGC